CAUGCUCCGGAGGAGGCGUGGCAGCCGGGUGAGCGUCCUGGAGGGCUGCCGGGAGGACGAGGCGCCCUCGGCCGCUGCUCCCGUGCCCGCGGCGCUCUGGGCAUCUUCGCCGAGACCGGAGGCGGCGGCCGAGCAGACUCUGCUCCGGGGCAUCUUCGAGAUCGGAAGGGACAGCUGCGAUGUGGUGCUGAGCGAGCGGGUCUUGAGGUGGCGGCCCAUCGAGCCGGUGCGCCCCGGGGGUGAUUCCAAGCUUGAUUUGCUAUGUGAUGAAGAAGUUAUUGAACUUAAAGACAUAUUCUCUGUCAAAUUGAAAUGGCGGUAUUCUGCUAAACAGGAGAAAUGCAAUACUUUAUUAGGCAUCACACUCUUCUUCUGUUUGAAAAAGGAACAAAAUAAAUUAAAGAAUUGUACACUUGAUCUUAUUAAUCUAAGUGAAGACUACUGUGAUCUAUGGUUUAGACAGUUGAAAAAACUUUUGGCAGGUUUUUCAAACAGACCAAAAUCUUUAAAGAUACUCCUUAAUCCCCAAAGCCACAAAAAGGAAGCUACACAGAUCUAUUAUGAGAAGGUUGAACCACUAUUGAAGAUCGCAGGAAUAAAAACUGAUGUGACAAUUACAGAAUACGAAGGGCAUGCUCUGUCACUGCUAAAGGAAUGUGAACUCCAGGGAUUUGAUGGUGUUGUCUGUGUUGGAGGAGAUGGGUCUGCCAGUGAAGUAGCCCAUGCUUUGCUUCUUCGAGCCCAGAGAAACGCAGGGAUGGAAACAGACAGCAUCCUGACUCCUGUGCAAGCACAGCUUCCGCUAGGCAUAAUACCAGCAGGUUCCACUAACGUGCUGGCACAUUCACUUUAUGGAAUACCUCAUGUGAUAACUGCAACUUUGCACAUUAUAAUGGGACACAUACAACCGGUCGAUGUCUGUACCUUCAGCACCACUGGCAAACUUCUUCGAUUUGGGUUCUCAGCCAUGUUUGGCUUUGGUGGAAGAACUUUGGCUCUGGCAGAAAAACAUCGAUGGAUGUCCCCUAACCAACGAAGGGAUUUUGCUGUAAUUAAGGCACUGGCAAAACUUAAACCAGAAGACUGUGAAAUAUCAUUUUUGCCACUUAAUAACUCUCAGGAUUUACAGGAAAGGAAAGCACAAGGAUCGCCCAAAUCUGACUGUACAGAUCAAUGGCAAAUGAUCCAGGGUCAGUUUUUGAAUAUCAGCAUUAUGGCGAUCCCUUGUCUAUGUUCAGUGGCACCCAGAGGCUUGGCACCAAAUACCAGAUUAAAUAAUGGAAGUAUGGCUCUUAUAAUUGCACGAAACACUUCUCGAGCAGAAUUUAUCAAACACCUGAAGAGAUAUGCCAGUGUUAAAAAUCAGUUCAAUUUCCCAUUUGUUGAGACAUAUACUGUUGAAGAAGUGAAGGUUAACCCAAAGAAUAUGAGUGAACAGAAUUCAGAGGAAGAAGAUGAACCACAUGAAACUUCUUCAGAAAGCAGUUUCCCUUGGAAUAUAGAUGGUGAUUUAAUGGAAGUUACAUCAGAGGUCCACGUUAGACUGCAUCCAAGACUUAUUACCCUAUAUGGAGGAAACAUGGAAGAAAUUAAUGAUUCCAAAGUAACUUGUAACUGUUUAUAAAAGAAUAUAUUCCCACUUUAUACAUUCUAGUCAAGAGAAUCUCC